GGAUGCUUGGUUGGGAUCUUUUAAACAGACCAAAUGUGAUAUAGAAGCCUUCGUGUUCCAUUUGGUGACAAAUAUUAAGCUCAAGUCCUGUGUUGAGAAGAAAUCAUGAGCGGUCAUCUGGUCUUCCUGCUGCUGGCACUGUUGGCCAUACCUGCCUACUCCCAGAAUGGUGCCAAUGUGACUGAUUUCGGAAAGGAGGAGGCAGAGGACGAAGAAAUCAAGGUAGAAGAGGUAAAAGAGGAAGAAGAAGUAGAGGAAGAAGAGAAAGAAGAAGAAGAGGAGGAACUGGAAGAAGAAGAGGAGGAAGAGGAGGAAGAAGAAGAUGAGGAAGAAGAAGAAGAAGAGGAAAAAGAGGAACAGCAUGGACAAAGAAGAAAUAGAAGACAUAGGGGACGCGGUAGAGGAUCAAGCACAGGAUGAGGAGGUGACUGGAACUAUUUUUGGGUGUUGAGGUGUGAGGACAACAAACAGGCUUAUUAUUCCGAAAGAAUAAAAUGAUUUUUCUGGAGGGAAUAAUUCAAUCAUAGAAAACCCCAGUAAAGUGUGAAGAUUUCUUUUUCCACUCACUCAGUUUGUCUGAAUCAAAAUGUCAAGUUGUGCUUCUUAA